AUGCCAUCGAUCCAAGCAAAGGAAAUGGGAGGGCGGGAGCAGGAGGUCCAGAUCGAUUCUGACAAGGGAACGGCGGCCCCUGUCCGGGCUCUAUCUCGGUCGUUACAGGGAAGACACAUGCAGAUGAUAGCGAUUGGUGGCUCCAUUGGCGCCGGCCUUUUCGUUGGCACCGGAGGAGCGCUCCGCACGGGCGGUCCUGGAUCUUUGCUCAUCGCCUUCAUGAUGAUCGGUGCGAUGAUGAUGUGCACCGUCCAGGCGCUCGGAGAGCUCGCCAUCAUCUACCCGGUCAACGGAGCCUUCUACGAGUAUGCCGUGCGUUUCAUCGACCCGGCAUGGGGAUUUGCCAUGGGGUGGGAAUACUCGAUCGGGUGGAUGGUGACGCUGCCGUUCGAGAUCACAGCCGCCGGGAUAACAAUCGAGUUCUGGAGAGACCGAGAGGAUAUCAACCCCGGGGUAUGGUGUGCGGUCUUCCUGGUUGCACUGAUCAUCAUAAAUGUGUUUGGUGUCCGUGGAUACGGAGAAGGCAUGCUGACCCUGUUCUGUCCUGUGACUGCAGCUAAUAGUUCAGCAGUUGAGUUCAUUCUUGCCAUCGUCAAGAUACUCGCCUGCAUAGGCUUCAUUAUCCUGGGGAUCAUCAUUGACUGUGGUGGUGUUCCUACCGACACCCGCGGCUACAUCGGCGCGCGGUACUGGCAUGAGCCUGGGGCCUUCCGAAACGGGUUCAAAGGGUUUUGUUCUGUUUUUGUCACUGCAGCAUUCUCGUUCGGCGGAACGGAGAUGGUUGGACUCGCAGCAGCUGAGGCAGCAAAUCCCCGAAGAUCGUUACCCAAAGCUACACGGCAGGUCUUUUGGCGCAUCUUCCUCUUUUACAUACUCAAUGUGUUCAUCAUGGGCCUUGUUGUUCCGUCAGACAGCGACGUACUUCUGGGCGCCAGCGGCGCAAACACCAAGGCUUCCCCUUUCGUUCUCGCCGUGGAGCUCGCUGGAAUAAAGGCUCUUCCACACGUUAUCAAUGCUGUCAUCACCAUGGCUGUUUUGUCCGUUGCAAACAGCUGCACUUAUGGCUCCACACGAGUCCUCCAAGCACUCGCCUCCAGCGGGCGAGCACCUGCGUUCUUCGCCAAAGUAGACAGUAAAGGCAGGCCUAUCUGGUGCGUUGCCCUGCAGGUGGCGGUGGGAUUCCUGUCUUUCAUCACCGUCACCGCAGACUCAAGUCUGGUCUUCACCUGGCUUCUUGCUGUUACAGGCCUGAGCGGCCAAUUCGCCUACCUUAGCAUCAUGCUCGCUCACAUCCGAUUUCGUAAGGCGUGGAAACUCCAGGGACGGGAUCUGGAGCAGAUACCCUGGAGAUCGGCCCUUGGUGUUUACGGCAGCUACGUUGGACUUACUUUAGUGUGCUUAUCGCUUGCUGCAACAUUCUAUUCCGCGCUGUUUCCCAUUGGAUCCCCACCCAAUGCGAAUUCGUUCUUCCAAAGCUACCUCGCGGCUCCAAUCACCCUCUCACUCUUCAUUUUCUGGAAGGUCUACACAAGGGACUGGGGAUUCGGCGUCAAUCUGCAGGAAGUAGACUUGGAUCUUGGCCGAAGGAUGGAAGAGGAUUUGGAUCCUGAUGUCGGAGAAGACAAGAAGCGCUCAGGCUGGCGGCGUGCAGUUGGCUUCAUUCUCUGA